AAUUUUGUUGUUUUGGGGGAAAGGAAAUAUUACUCCAUAUGGUAUUCGGAUGAGUUAUUUUGUUUGCAUAUUUUGUUUAGGUAUUUAGUGUCAUGCACUCUACUGCUAUAUGAACACAUCGUUGAAAGCCAGGACACAAGUCUGCAAGUUGUACCUAUUGGCACUUAUGUUGUUAUAAUGGGGAGGAAUCCUCAAAUUUUUGUAAAAACUUUUCUCUAUGCAAUAUUGAUCAUAUUCCAAUUAGCAGUAUGUGAACAUACUCCCAAACUUUUGCUUAUUUCUUUCGAUGGCUUCCGUUGGGAUUAUCUUUCAAAAACUGACACGCCAAAUUUUGAUAGAAUUACAAACAAUGGAGUGAGGGCAAAAUGGAUAAAAGACUCAUUCACAUCACUCACUUUUCCUAAUCACUAUACAAUUGCUACUGGACUUUAUGAAGAAAGUCAUGGCAUAGUUGCCAAUAUAUUUUAUGAUCCAGUAUUUAAUGAAACUUUUCAAAUUGGAAACGAGACAACCGUGCUUGAUGGGAAAUUUUGGGGUGGUGAACCCAUUUGGGUGACAAACCAACUCCAGGGUGGCCGGACUGGGGUGUAUUAUUGGCCAGGUAGUGAGGCAGAGAUUAAAGGUGUAAGACCUAACAUAUAUGAGAAAUAUAUUCAACAGGAGGUUUCUAUGGCUCUUUGGAGAAAUCGGACUGAUACAGUCAUUGAAUGGUUAACAGAUCCUGAAAAUGUUGUUGAUUUAGCUCUGUUAUAUUUCAAGGAACCAGAUCACACUGGGCAUAUUUAUGGACCUGAAUCCCCCGAGGUUGUUCAAAUGAUUCAACAAUGUGACAAUAUUACAGGUUAUAUCCUCGAUCAAAUUGAAGAGCAUGGUCUCAGCAACCUGUUAAACAUUAUCAUAACAAGUGAUCAUGGGAUGACUGGGAUGAACAGAAGUAGAUUUAUAACAUUGGAUGAUCACAUUGACACUCAUCAAACGAAGCAUCUUAUAAAUUACAUUGUUGGGACAAGUGUGUGGCCUAAAAGUGGAGAAAAUAUAACAGAAGAACUUUACAAAAAUCUUUCAUCUAUUGAUCCAGAACAUGUUCAAGUAUGGAUGAAAAAAGAUAUCCCACCAGAAUAUCAUUAUGCAAACAAUCGUCGUAUUGCACCUAUUUUGAUGUCGGCUAAUGAAGGAUGGGGUAUUAAAGAAAAUUGGAACGACACCCAUUAUCUAUUAGGAAGACAUGGGUUUAACAAUUCAAAAAUGGACAUGCAUCCAUUCUUUGUUGCAACUGGUCCAGUGUUUAAGAAAGGAUUCAUUUCUGAACCAUUUGAAAAUGUUAAUAUAUAUUCAUUGAUGUGUCAUAUAUUAGGGAUAAAUCCUGCACCAAACAAUGGUUCAUUAGAUGCUGUGAAACAACUACUUGCUGAUGAAUAUAUCCCAGAUGAGGAAUACAAAUAUACACAACUACAAUUCACUAUCGCGAAAUGGGCAGGCAUAUGUUUUGGAGCUAUUAUUGUUAUCGUAUUGCUGAUUUAUGUGAUCAAAGAACUCAAGAUGAAUUCACAAAUGAGAAAAGAGGUUUCAGGAUUUUCCAAUUCUAAUUUGAAAUAUAGUGAACGAGAUGAAAAUCGUGAGCCGUUACUCAGCACUGAUUUUCCUUGAUUCUGAAUUCUCUACUCUAAUGGCAUGAUGCAAUUAAAAGUAUAAGUUUCUUUGUUUUUUCAUCAUGUAAAGUAUUGUGGAUGCAGAUAUGUUUCAAAUGUCAGUAAUGAUUAAGGAUGUGUUAGUUAUAUUUUUAAACUUUUGCACAGUCCUAGUAUAGGAAUCUUCUGGUUUUUAUAUGUUCCAAUGUAUCAUGAUCAAAUACACUGUAACAUUAGCCUAUUAGUUAUGGUAAUUGUUUAUUCAAUUUAUCUUCACCUGUUCUUUUGAUUUUCAAUUAACAUCAUUAUUAAUUAACAAAUUAAUUAACAAAAUCAUUGAUGAGCACUCCUCUAAUUACUUGCACCUAUUACACCCGAAUAACAAACUAUUUUCUGUCACCACAUUUUUCUUCCAUGUAUCAAAAUAAAAAAUGUAUAAUAUCUGAAUAUGAUUGCAAUGCAUCAUUUCAACUGUUGAAAAGAAUGUAUAUAGUUAAUGCUUUCGUAAAGACGGCAGUAAUUAAAAAUAUAUUCAAUUUUAAGUUGGGCCAACUAGAAAACAUUUUCACAUGGGAUACUGGCUUUUGUAUUUAUGUGGGAACUGACAGAGAAUCAAUGAAUUUUUCCACACAAUGUUUCAUUUUAAACUUUGCAGUUGCAUCUAUAUAUGUGACAUUUGAAACAUGGUUUAUGAGUGGGUAUUUUAGGGGUGUUUCAUGUUGUUUGUAGUCUGUGUUUCGUGCUAUGUUCUAUAUUGGGGAUUAUUUUCAAUAUAAAAACAAACAAUGAUUAAUCAUAUUGAUGUUGCAAAUCGACAUUGAUCCCGAUGGCAGUAUUGGUUUGUUAUGAAAUAAAUCUGACUGAUAAAUUGCUCUCCGAAAAUUGCUUUACUACGCCCUUAUAGAUUAUAAUUGUCUUUCUUAUUCAAAUUUAUUAUUUUUCCCUGACAGUUCUUUUCACUGUUUUAAUUAUUAUGAGGUGGAGUGACAUUUUUAUCUUCUCAAAUCUCAGCCUGUGAUGUAGUGUCUGUUUGAAUGGUGGUUGUAUAUUCUUGCCCCACAAGCUUAAUGUUGCUUUACUUUCAGGAAUCAUUAUCUUGUAUACUUUGUAGAUAUUCUCUUUAUAAAAAUUUAUUAUGUGCUAAUUUUACUUUUAUUAUGCGCAAUGAGGGCAGCAGAUAUAAAAUAUUCGGAAAUUAUUGUGCACUUGUUAGUCAUCCUUUGUUAGUUGUUGAAAUUGUGAGUCACUUCCUGACCAAUUUAAAAAUAAAAAACAGAUAAAGUUCAUAGUUGGUUAAGGUUUAUAUCCUCAGUAGAUGAUUGUAUGCUCAAAUUCUUCAUAUUAAUUUCAAAACCCCCCAAUUCACUUCUGGAUACUCUAGUGAAAUUGAUUAUAUGUAUAUUUAAUUACAUUUGUUAUCAUGGAAUAUGUCAUGUAAAAUUUGUGAAAAUAACUGAUGUUAUGAUUACGAAUAAUAGCCCGGUGCAUUCAAUAUUGAAUAUACAUAUUCAAUAUUAUAAUAUAGACUCUCGGAUUUGAAUGUAAACUUUCGGAACCCAUGGACUGUGCUGGGAGAACCCUGGUCGAAAACCACCGUCCUAGACCUAAGAUAUUAAAGGUCUGCUGAAUGAUUGUUAUCUGUAUUGUUUUGAAAAUUUAAAUAAAAAAUUACUAGUAAACUCGCCAGCAAAUAAAAUGAAGGAUAAGCGAAACUCCUAACUGAAUAUCGUAACAUAAGCCUGAUUCUGUUGGUUCAAAAUGAAACUCGCUGGUCACUGAAUGCAGAAAUUAUUCUUUUCAUUAUUUAUUUAAUGCGUCAAAUCAUCUGAAACCAAUAAUAUUGUGCACACUGGCCAAUAAAAUAUAUUCGUUUCAA